GAAGUCAUAUAUUUCAGACAAGGGGUGUUUGCUGUAUUGAUGUUGGCAGUCUUGUACAGUGCACUCUGCACUGUGUUGUAAAAGUUAGAAGAAGAGCGCGAACGCAGCAGCAGCAGCAAGAGCCCAACAAAUCUCCACCUGUGUCCACCUGAAGUCCACACCACCACACAAAGAUCAACAUGGCAAACAAAGGUCCCGCCUACGGUCUGACCCGAGAGGUACAGAACAAGAUUGAUAAGAAAUACGACCCGGAACUGGAGGAAAGGCUGGUGCAGUGGAUCAUCGCCCAGUGUGGGUCUGUAGUCGGCCAGCCUGAGCCAGGAAAGAGUGGCAUCCAAGUCUGGCUCAAGGAUGGAUGUGUGCUUUCUGAGCUCAUCAACAGCCUUUAUGCAUCCAACAAGCCGAUCAAGGUCAUCAAGAAGUCCGGCAUGGCCUUCAAGCAGAUGGAGCAAAUAUCUCUGUUCCUGCAAGCCGCAGAAAAAUAUGGAGUCACCAAAACUGACAUGUUUCAGACUGUGGACCUCUUUGAAAGCAAGGACCUGGCUGCUGUCCAGAGGACCCUGAUGGCUCUGGGUAGCUUGGCUGUGACAAAGAACGAUGGGUGCUACAGAGGAGACCCCAACUGGUUCCAUAAGAAGGCCCAAGAGAACAGAAGAGACUUCUCAGACGAACAGCUGGCCGAAGGCAAAAACAUCAUCGGCCUGCAAAUGGGCACGAAUGCAGGAGCAUCUCAAGCUGGAAUGACGGGCUACGGACGACCCAGGCAGAUCAUCAACAACAACCCCUGAACGCACCCCCCGCGGAGACACUCCUUCCUCUGUCCUCUCAAAGGCCGGCGAGGACUGAGAAACUCUGACUCUUACCUUGGCCACGAGGAGGAAUGUAACCUGACUUUUAAACUGGACCAAAAACAGGAACCAACAGGAAGAUGUGCACAUAUACAGUACAAGACACACACCGUUAACAGCACGUGUAAACAAUUAGACAAAGAGAGAGUAAAUCAUAAAACAUAUUCUUUCUUUAAGGAUCAUUUCAGUCGUUUUGCAUGUUUUAACCUGCUUAAAAAUACAAAUGUGUCUCCCAUUACCUUCCAACCAUCCAGAAGUUUCACUUCUUUUCAGUUCACUGUAAAAAAAAAACAACUUGCACAGACUUGUCACCUGCUCAGAGAGCAGUAAUCCAUCACAUUCAGUGUUUAUGACUGGUGAAUGAUGCAUUCAAGGAGACUGCGAUAUCUGACAUUUGAGUAUUUUUAACAGAUGUGACAACAAAAUUAACCAUCCAACCAUCCAACGUCUUCCCAGCAAAGAUAAUUGAUAAAGAUAAAAGUCAAUUGUUGUAUGUGAUGAACAGCUGAUCUCAGACAAGUCUCAAGUCUCGUUUACUGUGUACUGGAAGCAACUGAAACAUGGAAACAUGGUGAGCACAGAUUUUGUUCACAGAUCAAGCAAAACCACCUUAUCAAGUAUCAGUUUAAUAAGUUUAGUGCCUGGUUUUAAACAGUUUGAAGAAGAAAAAACAACUAUGGAAUAAAGUCAUGUGUGUUGUACCUGCUCUGUUGCACGAUUGAUUAGAUGCUCUCGUUUUACUAAUUUCUAAUCAACAUGUUGAACCUUAUUCUUUCCAGUGUUUAAUACAACAUUUAUAAUGACAAUGAUUUUGAAAUAAAGUUCGAUUUACCCGGAAAGAAA